AUGUCCGACGAAUCCUACACCACCCUCCAAACUUACCCCCAACCCCCUGAUGAUGAAGACGACUACUACGCCCUCCUAGGCCUCCCGCGCAACCCACCCCCCUCCGACCCCGAAAUCCGCUCCGCCUACCGCACCCUCACCUUCAGCUUCCACCCGGACAAACAACCCAGUCACCUCCGCGAAGCCGCCCAGCACCACUUCGAGCGCAUCCACGAAGCGUAUGAGACACUCAUCGAUGCGCGAAAACGCACAGUCUACGACAUCCUCGGCGCAGAGGGCGUGCGCGCAGAAUGGAGCGCGACGGGGACCAUGGGAGGGGGUGCCGGAGGGAAGAGGGAAGUCGGGGUGAAGGCGAAGAGUCCCGAGGAGUUCCGGAGAUGGUUUCUGGAGUUGAUGAGAAAGAGGGAGAGGGUUGCUGUUAAUAGUAUGGUGCAGAGUCGGGGGGCUGUUACGUUGGGGGUUGAUGCGUCGGAUAUGGUUGAGUUGUCGGAGGAUGGGACCGAGUUUUUUGUGCAUGUGCCUGAGGUGAAGACGGGGUCCUUUGCUGUGGGGUAUAAUUUUAAGGCGCCAUUUCCGACGUGGGAGGGGGUUUUGGGGAAGAUAGUGAAGGAAGAUGGUGAUGAUGAUGAUGAUGAGAAAGAGGAAGGGAAGGAGAAGAAUGCGUAUGAUGAGGCGCUUUUUAAGCCCGAGUUGACUAUCAAUGCGGGUAUUUCCGGGCCCGUGGAGCAUUUGGUGCAGGAGGCUCAGUUACGGUAUGAAGAUGGUAGGGAGGGCUCAGCAGAGGUAGGUCAUACACCACGACUGGAAAGACGAAUGAGACUGACCGGCGUACAGAUCCCUCUACGACCAAUGAUGUCUACGCCAGAGGUGACCCUCGGGGCCACGGUCAGCCGCGUGUUUGGAGAUAUGACCAGCACCAAGGGCAUCCUAGGUAAAUGGCCCUUUACAUAUCUCAGCAACUCUGGCACUGCCGUGAAUGCCCAUAUCCUGCCGUUCCCGUUCGUGACCACGUCCAUUACCAAGGCUGUCGCGCCGGUGCCAGGGGCGUAUCCAUUCAGAGUUAUGUUCUCAAGCGCCUUCAUGAACUGGCCGCACAUGACGCCGCCGACAGUGUCUCUCGGGGCGCAGAAGCAGAUCAGUAAGAGGAAGCAUGCGUUCGUUUCAUGGUCGAGUGGUACCUUGUCUUGGCCACGGCCGAUUCACCGGUUCCUCAAUCCUGGGGAUGAAAUGGGUAUAAAUGCCGGUCUUGCGAUGGCCGCAUUCCAACAGGCCAGUUCGUUGAAUGUUGGUAUUAUCUCAGAACCGAGUCGUUCUCAGAAGGUUAUCUCACUGGAAGAUGAUGAGGACGACGAGGAAGACGUAGAGUUUCAAGAACUACGUGAGAACAAGCGCAAGGCCGACCAAGCUGCUGAAUCAUGGCGAGUCCAAAUUCAAGCAACACCAGCACAAGGCGCGUUAGUCUUCGGCUACGGACGUAAUUUGUUCUCCGGAAAACCGGCCAAUGAACCUGUUCGUUCCGAAUGGACCUCUGAAGGCUACUACGGCGUUCCCGCGAAACCAGAAACACAAUCUGUACGGUUAGAAGUCGAAGCCAACGUCACCCUCGACAUGGGCCUCGCCUUCAGCGUUGAAGGCGUCCGCAAAGUCGGUGAAUACACCCGCAUGGGACUGGGAGUUGGUCUACAAGGCGCCCAGGGACUCGCACUGACGGUGUCCUGGAGCCGGCUGGGCCAGAAGCUCAAGCUGCCCAUCACCAUCUGCACAUAUGACAACAUCAACUGGGAUAUUGGCCUCGCAGCGGUUAUCUUCCCAUGGCUGACGUAUUGCGCCGUCGAGUUCGGAUUCCUCCGUCCUCGCGAGCGCAAGAAGCGUCGCCGACUGGUCGCACGGAAACAGAAGCAGCUGAGGAGGCAGAUUCCGAAGAAGAAGGCGGAUAGUGCGCAGGCUAUCGAGUUAAUGGCUGAGCAGGUGCAGCGCCGGCAGGCGAGGGAAGAGGCUCAGAAUGGACUGGUGAUUACCAAGGCUCAGUAUGGGUAUAUGUCGUCCGGGAAUAGGAGGGUGAAGGGGUAUGAUCCUAAGGAUUACGAGGUGGUUGAUGUUACCAUCCCCGUGGCGGCGUUGGUGGAUCGUGGACAGUUGGUGAUUCCGCGGGAGACACAUAAGUUCCAACUUCUUGGCUUCCACGAUCCGGCACCGCUGCUUCCCAAGACGUUGAAGGUGUGGUAUAGAUAUCACGGUAAAGAGCACUACGUGGAAGCGAGUGACACUGAGGGUAUUAGCUGCCCUAUGCGAGUGCAUCUGCGAUAG